CUGUGAAACGUAAGCGAUUUCCAACUCCGCACGUUAAACGCACCCUGUUCCAGAUUCAGAUCGUCGUUCUAAACAACGUUUCAGUCUCCGCGAUGUCAUACCGCACAAGCAACGUCAGGUGAUUACGGCGCAUUUGCAUGUGAAGCAGCGAAGAUAGGCAUUGUCACCAUGUUUUUCGCGUAUGCUACACUCCGCACCAUGUGCAACGCACAAUGCGCUUUGCAAUAUAAAUUCCUCGAACUCUUCGUUAUGCAGCCCGCUGGUCAAACAUUCACAUACCCCCCCCUCCCUCCACUUCCGCCUGGUUAUGGUGUGAUGCCAUCAAACUCAUAUUCAGCUCCGUUCUUGCCUGGUCAGCCCUACAGUGCGCUCUCCGGAGUACCAUAUGGACCUGAGCAAUCAGAUGGCGAGGACAAUGAUUUGAUUGAAAACCAAGUUCUGUUCCCGUCCUUCACACAAUGUCCAUCUACUGUUGCUGGUAGCCGUCGUUCCAAUGCAGUUCCAUCCCAAGCUAAAGGCAAGAGGAAGGCGGCCGCCACAACUGAACCACCAACCAAGAAAAGACCGGGUUGCGGCGGUUGUGCUUCAGGUACACCAAAUUACAAUGAUGAUGAUGUUGCUGCCCUACUUGAUGCAUGCAUGAACUGCCUUCCACUUGGCACAAAGGGUUGGCUCGCUGUUGAGGAAGAGUUUGCUGCAUGGGCAGAUAGCCAUGACCGUCCCACUUGUUCUGCAAAAUCUCUUGAGCUUAAGUUUAAGCAGCUGGUUCGCACUACGAAGCCAACUGGUGAUGCUGAGUGCCCUCCUCACAUUGAAUGCGCUCACGAAAUCGACUUCCGCAUGAAUGAGAAGGCUGGCACCCAUGAUCUCGAUGAUGAUGAAUUUGCCGAUGAAGUUAUUAAUAUUGGGAGUGACGAAGAUGAACCUCAGCGAGCCAGGACACCAAAGGUCUCUGUCAAGACAGAAGUACGGGAUCCUGCACUUAGUAUUUCCCAUCGCUCUGUUAGCACACCCACUCCUUGACCUUGCACCUCACGCACCUCAGGUCUCGAUCUUCUAACUUCAAUCACUGCUUUGCUUGAUCCUCGCCUUCAAGCCGCUCGAGAUGACAAGCGCGCUGCUCGGACUUUGCAGACCACUCAACUUGUAUCUACGUCUAACCAGUUGCGAGAUGCGCACAUGACCAUUAAUUCUCUUCAUGAUCAGCUCUUGCAGUGUGAACAUGAGCG